AUGAGCAAGCAUAUAGCCAUUACCAAGUUUCGUCCAGCCAAUUGGUUGAAAAAGGCUGGAUAUGCCCCACAAGUGUUUGUAUUUAGAAACCUAGAGAGUGGACAGGUUCUGUACUCGCAAUUUCCAACGUUUACAUGGGCUCAGGUCGAGAAGAACUUCCAAAGACCUAACUGGGAAAACAAGAAACCAAGCACCAGGAGAGAUAUUUGGAAAUGCAUGGCUGUUGUGGAUCUACCAGAUUACGAGUCCAGUGUAAAGCUCUACCAGAACUUGUGUAGACUAAGAUAUCUCCGCGAUGUGACGCUCUCCAAACAGGCCAAGGAAAUGAGAAAGAAGAACGAGUUCGGACAUACAUGGUACUCUUCUCAGUUCAGACCAACAUAUUCCCAGGAGGCCGUUGCAGACUUGAGAGAAUGUCUACUGAAGCUCAAGGAUUUCCAAAAAUCCAUCAAGGUACACUGGGAGGACGAGUGGAGAAUGGGAGAUAAAGAAAAGUACUGGACUCCAGUUCUUCCAGAAUUGACACACACCACUUUGCAACGUUUGGGGAACGUUGCCCGCGAGGAAAGUGUGAUCUUGAAAGAACUGGGAGAGAAGGCCAAGAGCGAAUUUGCAAAGCUCAGAAAGGAAGCUGACGAAGCGAAAAACAUUUCCCUAUGA